AUGCGUACACAUACUGGGUUGAAGCCAUUUCAGUGCAAACAAUGCGAGAAGUGUUUUACUUGGUCUAGCUAUCUAAAACAGCAUAUGCGUACACAUACUGGGUUGAAGACAUUUCAGUGUAAACAAUGUGAGAAAUGCUUCACUCAGUCUGGAAGUCUAACCAUUCACAUGCGUACACAUACUGGGUUGAAGCCAUUUCAGUGCAAACAAUGCGGGAAAUGCUUCACUCAGUCUAGCAAUCUAAAACA